AUGUGGACCCGGGCACCAACGCCGGGUUGGUCUGUUUCUUCAACGACAACACCGUUGUCCUGGACGUGGAACCUACUUUCGUCGGGGUACCGGGCCCACGACGAUCGUGAACCUUUGCCGUGGUUGAGACUUCAGUCACAAACGACGCGAAACAACUCACCAGCGCUGUCCCGAAAUACCGCCGUGCCUUUCCGCCUUUCGGCCAGGGUUGGCGAUAUCGAUGUGUUCGUCGUGGAUUCUCGACUUUGGUGUCGGUGCGGCGAUCCUUGGGCGAGCAGCAGGUCGGAUGACGAGGGCGGCGAGGUUGUUGCCAAGACUGGCUGCGGGUCAUCGCGGAAGGAACGAGUUGGUAGCGUUAGGGCCGGAAAGCUCGGUGUUGGCGACACGAUGCCGCGCUCGGUUGAGUUGCCGUUAGAAGAGGAGAGAAUGCCCCGAGCCCCAGCUGAGAAAGCCAUCGUCUAUGGAGUCGUCGUCGUCGUCUUCAGUGUUGCCAUUUGGGAGUCGCGCUCACGCUGCCUUGAGCUCCCACUCUUUGACGCUUUAUACUGGGGUGUCAAUCUCAGCGCUUUCAAGCUAGUGGUUCUCUUGCUCCCGGGCGGGCUCGUUGACGGAGCCAGGUUCGGUCUGCAAGCGGUUCUGACCGUCUGGACCUUUCAUCGGCUCCUCCUCGUCCCAAACGAGUUUGACCUGCCCCGCGGAACGACCGGACCGCGAAAUUGCUCGCGUUUGCGAGCACUAGCGUGUUUUCUUGCUGUUCUUGCGCCGCGCGGGAGAGGUUCUCGCGUUCCCGCCGGUCUGGGCUUCGCUUCGAGUCGGCGAUGGGUAUCUGCUCGUUUGGUGGGCGGUUGGUUGGCGGGAUGUGGUCUUGCUGGUGAGCUGUACGUGGUCUCCGAGCUGUAUUGGCUGUCUGUACCGCUCAUCAGCGGGUUUGGAGCGUGCUGCUCGUCUCAAACGAGUUUCGCUUGUCCCGCGGAACGACUGGGCCGCGAAAUAGCUCGCGUUUGCGAGCACCAGUUUUCUUGUUGUUCUUUGGCCCCGCAGGAGGAGUCUGGGCAACGAUUCAAGUCGGGGAUAAAACGCUGGUCGUUUGGUGGGGCGGAGGCAGCGAGAGAGCUGCGCGAGUCGUUUGACCGUUUGUAUCUUUCAUCGGCGGGUACUGAGCAUGCUGCUCGUCUCAAACGAGUGCGCGCAGAACGACUGGGCCGCGGAACGGCUUCCAUUUGGCCCCUUAAGAUACGUUUCUUGUCGUUCUUUCGCCCCGCGGGAGGAGUCUUGGGAGUCUGGGCAGCGAUCCAAGUCGGAGAUGAAUCGCUGGUCGUUUGGUGGGCGGAUUCUGGCCACAAGGCAGCGAGAGAGCUGCGCGUUGUUUGCCCGUUUGUACAUACCUUUCAUCGAGCAUGCUCCUCGUCUCAAACCGCCCCGCAGAACGACUGUCGGGCGAAACGGCUUCUGUUUGGCCUCCAAGAUACGUUUCUUGCUGGUCUUCCGGAGGAGACAUUGCGUUUGAGCAGGUCGGCGAUGAAAUUCUGCUCGUUGCGACAGUCCUUGCAUCGGCGGGUACUGCUGGACCUGGUUUGCUUACCUCUGACAGAUCUGCAUUCGGAUUGGUGCUCUUGGAAGCGCGUCUUGACCGAGAUUGCGUGUAGUCUGCAAGCGGUUCGGACCGGUCGUACCCUUUAUAGGCGGGUACUGCUCGUCUCAAACGAGAUCUCGUGUUUGCUUUUGGGCAACACUGAUAUUUCCACGACGGACUUGUGGUUUGUUUCCGUGUGUGGUGCGAGUUCAGGCUUUGCUGCUGACGUCUGGGGUUGUUCUCGUCGGCAAGCCAAUUCGGUGUUGAGAGAAAGCCGCUACUUUGGUCAUAUGUACGAGGCGGCUCGUUUGGCAUGGGUUUCGGAACGAGUUGGACCGGGAGCGCCGAGCAGUUUAGCUGGAUGUCGAGUACGGCUUCUCCGCGCGAAGAGCCCGCGAGUUGACAGCGCGAGCCUUCUCUUUGGUAGGCCGUUUUAG